ACACAAAUACACCAUACAUUACAAGUCUUAAAAACAAUACCUCAUAAAAGUCCAUGGAAAAUAAAGGAAAGAUGAUGGUGGCCCUUGUGGUGCUAGGACUGUUGGUUCAAGGAACAGUCGCACACCCAUGUGGAAGCACAUUUUUCUCAGCUUUGGUGCAACUGAUACCGUGUCGUGCAUCAGUCGCACCAUUCAGCCCCAUCCCACCAAAUGAGGCUUGUUGUACCGCAGUCAAAGUUCUUGGCCAACCUUGUUUGUGUGUUCUUGUCAACGGUCCUCCUAUUUCUGGUGUUGAUCGUAGCAUGGCCAUGCAACUUCCCGAAAAAUGCAGUGUCAACUUUGAACCAUGUGAACUUGCGAAAAAGAAAGAGUGAAUUAGUGAGCAUAGAGUGGGAGCUAUCAUUCGAUUCAAAAAAAUCCAAGAGAAUAAAGUAGUGUCGGAAUGUGUGAAAUAAUUCCACGAGUUCAAAUUUAAGGUGUUAUAUUAAUCGUUGGUUUUCAUGUUUUGUCGGUUGAUCGUAGUUCUUUAAUGUUUCUGUAAUAGAUUUCACACGUUAAUGUUAUAUUAUUAUAGA